AAAAUGAAGAUUGCUGUUUGUUGCUUGAUUGUGUUGGCGGCCUUGACCGCUCCAGCGUUGGCUGCAAGGACAGUCUCGCAAGCUGGCUACGACCUCAUCAAGGGAUUCGAAGGCCUCAGCCUAGUCGCCUACCAAGAUAUUGGCGGAGUCUGGACGAUCGGUUACGGCAACACCCUCUAUCAGGAUGGAAGCCCUGUUAGGCAAGGAGACACCAUUACUCAGCAAGGAGCCGAUGACCUUUUCCAAUAUUGGGUGGAUGAAUCAUUUGCUCCAGAGGUUGACCGACUAGUUGGAACCGGAGUUGUUCUGAGACAACAACAGUUUGAUGCCCUCGUUUCUCUCACCUACAACAUCGGAACUGGAGCUUUCUCGACUUCAACUCUUUUGAAAAAGGUGCGUGUCUGGCCCGAUGACCCAACCAUUCGUGAUGAAUUCAUGCGAUGGGUCUAUGUCAACGGAGAAGUUUCCCAGGGACUCGUCAACCGUCGUGAAAAGGAAGCUGAUUUCUAUUUUUCAUAAUUCUUAAAAAAUUACUUGAUCAACUAUACACUACCCUAAUAAUACACAUGUAAAAUAAUCCAA